AUGGGAUGGAUUGCGGACAUAUCCACCGAUUAUAUAGAUUUAUUUCAUACGUUUCUUACACCGUAUAAGUCGUUUGUUGCCGGAGAACCCCUGCGGCCUCCUUUGGCCUCUGACGGACCUGCCGAUCAAAGACUGGGUUCUGACUUCCCAGCUCUGAGUAAGAGACGCGAGCGGAAGAAACCCAUCAUCACGGAGAACGUGAGACUAGACCAGCGAGUGACUGUUCGCCGCCAAAACGGUAACACCGACAAUGAUAAGGCUCUUCCGCCCCAGGCCGAUAACAUGAAGGAAGCGGUAAAUUGGACCACGAUCACAAAACGGAAGCCCAAGAAGAAGAGAACCGCAACUGGUAAAGACGCAAGUACGGGCAAAGGAAGCAAAAUACUCCCGAGCGAGGUGUCGCAGCCGAAAGGACAGGCAAAACCCCGCGAGCAACGGCGGAGAACGAGGCGGGCGCCACGAACAGCGGCGGUAGCCAUCAAAGGAAAGAAUCCUCAGUGUUUAUAUGCUGAGAUCCUCUUCGAGGCCCGAAGGAAAAUUUCCCUCACGUCCCUGGGGAUAGACUCCUCCAAGGUACGCCCGACCGCCAGCGGAGGGGUAAUCAUUGAGAUCCCUGGAGCCGACAGAACCCAAAAAGCCGACACCCUAGCCGGUAAACUUUGCGAAGCCUUUAGAGAGAGGAAAGAGGGAGAGGAGACUGUCGACGCCGCCGAGGUGCAAGGUGCCGUUGCUGAGAAAGGCGGCUGUACGGUAGAGGAAAUGAGGGUUGGACAGAUCCAGCGAAUGACGAACGGCCUGGGUCUGAUAUGGGUACAGUGCCCCCUCGUGGCCGCAGUCCGUAUGAACGGUCUCAAAAAGUUUCGUCUGGGUUGGUCGACAGUGAAGGUGGAGCUACUGCGCACCCGCCCCGUCCAGUGCUUUAAGUGCUGGCAAUUCGGGCACAUGAGGGGGAAGGAGAGCGGGCACCGUCUAGGCUCGGAAAAAUGCGGUGCGAAGAAAAUACCUAUUAAGAGCAAAGGCAAAGCGCCGCCCAAGCGUGCGGUCCUUCAAACCAAUUCCAACCAUUGCAGGCAGGCGCACGAUCUACUCGUGCAGUAUCUUACCGAAUUGGGGAUCGGGAUUGCUGCUGUGUCCGAGCCCUAUAGCGUUCCCGACUCUCCAUUCUGGCACGCGAGCGGCAGCAAGAGGGCUGCCAUUUAUUGGAAUGGAGACCACCUCCAACAGGGCUGUAGCCUGUUUCGACGCGGCGACAAUUACGUAGCAAUUUCGUGCGGAGACGUGAAGGUCAUCUCAUGCUAUAUCCUCCCUGGGAAGGGGCGAAACCGUGCGGUCGCCUUUCGCAGGGAGCUGCAUGAGCUGGAAGGAGCUGUCCGAGCAGCAGGCAACAAAACAGUGUUGUGCGGCGAUUUUAAUGCGAAAUCCACACACUGGGGCUCCAAGAUAACGUGCAAAAGAGGCGAUCUCCUUUGGAAGUGGGCCAGCAACCUGGGACUACGGGUAGUCAACACUGGAGACACGCCCACGUGCGUCCGGCCGCAGGGCACAUCGGUGGUUGAUAUCACGUGGGCCACCGAGGAUCUAUGCGAGCGUGUGACAAAUUGGAGAGUCGAGCCAGAUUUGGAAACGCUCUCCGAUCACUGUGCGAUCCUCUUCAACAUCGAGGAAGCCCAAAGAAGAAGAAGAAGACGUUAUCGCCAACGUUCACCCUCCUACAGGGACACACCCCGUUGGAACAUAAAAAAGAUGAACGAGGAUAUAUUCAGGGCCUCUCUCAUCUGGAGCGGCGCUGUACGACAAGCCAGUAAAACCUCCGCAGAGGAGUGGGCCAAUUGGACGCAUCGGGUGAUGACGGAUGUGUGCAACACCUCGAUGCCCAGAUCUAGGAAGGAGAACCCGCGCAGAUCAGCGUACUGGUGGAGCCCGGACAUCGCCGAACUACGCGAGAGCUGCAUCCGUGCCAGACGGCACUGGACACGGAGAAAAUGUAGGCAGUGCGGACAAGGGACGGCCACCCCCCCUGAAGAGCUUGAGGACAGCGAAGCCGCGUAUUGA